AAUCGGGCAAGGAAUAUCUGGCCGGAGUGUGGAGGGAGGACCUUCCGCUGGCGCUUUGCUAGUUUGCGAUGCCGUAGACGAGUUGUAAUAUUACGAAUGCAAAUGAGAAUAACCUCGACUCCGAAUCAUCCUCCAAAAACCUCCAAAAAACGGCCAACAGAUGAUCGAGGCCCCUCCUGGUCUUGGGCGUCCAUCGACGAUGCCGCGUUUAUGUACCCCGCCGCCGAUGAGCAGAAGAUCCAGGUUCUCGGGCCAGCGCCCAGCGUGAAGAUUCUUCAAGCCGCGGUCACCCCGGCUUAUGCUGGCGGGGAGUUUGACUCUGUUGUUUCUGGGUGUCUUGACAUUGAAGGGGCAAUGAGAGAAGUGACGGCGCGGGUCAGGUGGAGCAGCCCAUCAUCGCUAGGCUCUCGCUCUGUAUCUCAAUCGGGUGAGAUAAAUGUCCCGGUGGGAGGACAGGGACAAGAAGUGAUGGUGACACUAGAUGCUGCUCCCGAAAAAGAAGACGAGGGAGUCGAGAAUGAUGGGGAUGGCAGAACCGGCAUAUGGCUUCUUUUGUUGGCGGAGCAAGUGGAGGAAGAAGAAGAAGAAGAAGAGGAGGAGGAGGAAGUGGAAGAGGAUGACGAGGGACAGCAUGAGUUUAACAUUGGCAAACCUACCUCGCCAGCGUAUGCUGGACUUGUUCUGAAAGAAUUGGUCCAUGGACAGUCGGACAGGCUUCGUCGUAUACGUUUUCCCAUUGCUGUGAGAUUUCGGAUAUGGGGCAUACCGGUGAUGGAUGUCUGGAUCUCUUGAAAGAGUUUGAGAUUAGAAGGGUAACUCUUGUUUGAGACAUCCAGAAGGUGUACCUUGUCCUGCUGCUAGCAUACAUCAG